UCCCAACCUUUAAACAAUCCAAUCUCACAUUGUCGAAAGGGUUACAACAGAACCAGCAUUUGCCUUUUUAUGAGGACACUAACCAAUACUCAGAUCACGUCUUAUCAUCAGAGCCCAGGUAGGUCAGCCCUUUUCCUGAACAUAAGUUUUGAAGGAGGAAGUUUCUGCUAAGACAGAACAUUCCAGCCGUCCUUGAACACAGGUGGACAUUCAGUGAGUCAACUGCUCAAGCGGUUACUUUGUGAUUUUUGAAGGCUCCUGAUGUAAGUUUCUCAAGGACUCACACAGACGCCGACUGUGCCUCACCGAGCAGAAAUUACAAGAAAGGACAGAGUGAGUUUGAAAGCAGAAAGCGAGACAUGGCUGCCUUCGGACUGGAAAUAGUGGGAGUCAGCCUUUCAGUUCUCGGCUGGAUUCUCAGCAUCGUGUGCUGUGCUCUGCCCAUGUGGAGGGUCAGCGCGUUCAUCGGCAAUAAUAUCGUCACGGCUCAAGUGUACUGGGAGGGAAUCUGGAUGAGCUGUGUGUUCCAAAGCACAGGGCAGAUGCAGUGUAAAGUCUACGAUUCCAUGCUGGCUCUUCCCGCCGACCUGCAAGCGGCCCGCGCCCUGGUGGUGGUGUCCAUCAUCGUGGGCAUCCUGGCACUCCUCGUGGCCGUGGUGGGGGCCAAGUGUACCAACUGCAUUGACGAUGAAGCAACAAAAGCUCGUGUGAUGAUCUGCUCCGGCACUGCUUUCAUAACCGCUGCCGUCUUGCAACUCAUUCCUGUGUCCUGGUCGGCCAACACUGUUGUUCGGGAGUUCUACAGCCCAGUUGUACCAGAAGCCCAGAAGAUGGAAAUAGGGGCAUCACUGUACCUGGGAUGGGCCGCUGCGGCUCUGUUGAUGGUUGGGGGGUCAAUCCUGUGCUGCAGUUGCCCACCUAAUGACAAAUCAAGGUACCCACCCCAAAGUCGAAUAUCCUAUUCAGCUCACCACUCAGUGGCCCCAAGCACCUACAACAAGAGAGACUAUGUCUGA